UUGUUCCACCGACGCAUAUGCCAAUUCCUCGACAGUGAUCCUAUUCAUACAGUCGAAAUUUCAUGGUGCCCGGGCCACAAGGACGUCGCAGGAAAGGGACGAACAGACUGCUUGGUAAAGAAAGGAGCAGAGAAAACAACAGAAGCCAUGGGCAGAACGAGGGCUAACACUAGAAGGGAACACUAGAAGAGUGGAGGAAGGCAUGGGAGGCCAGCCCUAAAUGGGGAUGCUACGCCAAUGGCAAAUAGAAUACUGCCGUCACUGAAGCCGACAUGCCACCUCAUAGACCUCGCAGCGAAAAGAGAGAUAUUCGGCCGAGUUCUUCAGUGCAGAACAGGCCAUGGACACAUAGGCGAGUAUUACUCACAAUUCGUGCCAGGUAAGGACGUUGACUGCCCUUGUGGAGAGACGUUUCAGACACGGGAGCACAUCCUGCAUGAAUGCCCCCUCUAUGAAGAGCAACGGGGGACCCUUCGGAACGUGUCAAGGACCGUGUACCUACCGGACAUCCUCGGCACCAAAGAAGGAAUCACAGCACUGAGCCAGUUCAUGGAAACCACAGGAGCGUUCACCCGGACGGGACAACUACGAAACGAGAGGCUCGCCCCAGAGCCAGAAGAAGAGGGAAAGUGGUGGGAAGAAGACGAGGGCGACACAGAAGACGAGCAUGGAUAGCUGCCGUGCACCCACCACACCAUGGAACAUGACCAACCCAGCCGGCACCCAAGACACGCUUGCAAAGCACCUCAUGGCUUCGGCCAACCGCAGAAUCAAACUGAUCAAUUAGCCCACCACAGGGGCGCAAAGUACCAUACAUGUCCAUUACUCUACUCCACAUUAC